CUGACGUCGCCUCCGCGUCGCCGCCGCGGGCUGCCUCAUCGAGGAUGACGUUGCGGUCAAAUGUGGUGUGUCGUUUGCGAGACGCAGUGUUUUCCCACUUCUGGAGGAAUAUGUCCGCGAUUAGCGCUAACACUUCGACAUCACUCUGAAAACCCCCAUAACAAGAUCGAUCUCUGCAGUGUGGCGCAGCACAUCCGAGAGCCGGCCGCGCGUAGAUGGCCCUUGAAAGUGUGUUUGCAAAAGCUCUCCCUAAGGUUGGGCAUGCAAACAAAGACACACAGAAUGGAGAAAUGGAAAGUGGUGGUGCGGAUCCCGAAGAGGAUGUUCCAUCAGCCGACCUCGAAGAGGGAGAAAUCAUUGAUUCAGGACAAGAGGACAGUGAUGACCAGAAAACUGGGCCACCAGGCCCACUGCUCAAGGGACCUCCACUGCCCCCUCAGGAGGCACUGCGGCCAGCAUUCACCAAACUGGAGAAACGCAAGCGCAAGAAGCGCAAGAAGGAGGAGCCUGGUGGUCCUGAUCCAAAGCAGAAGCGGGCCCAUUACCUAGACCAUGAUCGCAUGGUGGAUGACACCGUGUGGUUUUCACCCGAGUCUGGUAGUGGGCCAUCACGGGGGCCGCCCAUGCACCACUCACACCAUGGCAGCUCCUUGCCUCCCAGAGACUUCAGCUCUCCUGGCCCUUACGACGACAGCUAUAUGCAGUCUCCACGAGGAGGAUGUGAUUCGCCUGAAGGUAGCGGGGGCCCUGAGGGUCACCAAGAAGGCAUGGGGGGACCACCACUGCCCCACGGCAGUGGGUUCCCAAGUGGUCGAGGUGGUCGCGGUCGCGGAAAGCCUUUCAUGAUGGACAGCCGAAGACCUGGGCCCCCGAAGAAGAAGAAGAAGAAAAACAAGCUAGCAUUGUCAGGUGGCAGGGGUGGUGGCGCUGGUGGAAAACGUGAUGGGCCAUCCAAGCGCUCUAUAUGCAAGUUCUACCUGGACUCCAAGUGUGUCAAGGGGGCAGACUGCCCAUUUUCACACGAUGUGCCGCAGCCACGCAAGGCCGACCUGUGCAAGUUCUACCUGGGUGGCUACUGCGCCCGCGGGGAGCACUGCUCCUUCAUGCACCAGGACUUCCCCUGCAAGUUCUUCCACACAGGUGCCAAGUGCUACGCAGACACCGCUUGCCGUUUCUCCCAUCAGCCCCUGACGGAUGAGACGAGACGGUUGCUCCACAGGUAUCUGGACAACCACAGUAGUCGUGGUGAUGAUGACAUUCCCCCCGGGGGUGGCCCGAACGGCCCUGAGCCCCUGGAUCGACCCGAUGGCCCAGAUGAUGACCAAGGACUGGGUGACGACUUUGGAGGGGGACCACAGCCAGGCAAACGGCCUUCGUUGCUGGGUUCGCCCCCAAGGCAUGUGAAGGAGGCGGCCGAGACAUGGCGCAUGCAGUUCCUAGGGGGAGGGGGGCCCCCCAUGCGGGGUGGACCAAAUGCCCCCUCUUUCGGCCCCCCACAAGGGCCACGCAUUAUGAGUCCCCCAAGAGGUCCAAUGCAGGGAUUCCCACACAGGCCUGCAUUCUAUAUGGACUCCUUGUCUCAAAGCCCCGUACGUGGCUCCAUGCCACCGCCAGGUGCCAGCCCACCUCAGAUGGGCGGCCCAUCACCUGUGCACUGUAUGGAGGAUAGCUUUGGUGGACCAUCAGGCCCCAUGGGUCCUGGCGGUACCAUGCGGCCCUUGCCUCACGGCCAGAUGGGUGGGUUUGCGUCACCGAACAUAGCCUCACCACCUCUGCAAGAUCAGGGUGGCUGUGGUCCCACUUUUGUUCCUGAUGGUCGUAUGUCACCACUGGGGAUUUUCUUUGAUCCGAGCCAGGAUCAUCCAAUGAGUCCACCACAUCAGCAACAGCAGUCCAUACCUGGCCUCAACUUGCUCAGCUCACCCUCACCGCCACACAACCAGGCUCCAGAGCCAACCAAGAUUCCCUCGGCUGACACAAGUUCAGAUGAACCUCAUCAGUCACCACAGCGUCCUGUGCAUGCUGAUGAACAGGACACCAGUGAUGACUCGCUCCACGCUGUCAGUGACAAGAAAGUCCUUCCCCCAAACCUGCCACGGAGGCAGCGAGAGCUCUUCAUGAGGAUUCAGCAGCAGCAGCGCACAGCUGAGAUCACAGCAGCUGCUGAGUCGUCCAUUUCUGGCAGCACAAGUCAUGCAGUAGCCACUGACAAGACAGAAAAUCCUGUUGUAGCCAAGCCUGAGCCAAAGAGCAUUGUCUGUCUGGGUAACAGUGAGAGCAGUGAUGAUGACGAGGAUUAUGACGACGACCAGCCGCUCAGAGCUGUCUUGAAGAAACUCCAGCAGGGACAAAUGUUCUCGGCAGUUGCCCCACCAGUGCGCCGUCAGCAGUGCCUGCAGCCUGCUGGCACGUUGCCUUCCAUGGCAGCCAUAGACAUUGCCAAGAUGUUGAGCAGCAUCCGACAAGUUCCCAGUCAGCCACAGACUAACUUUUGGAAACAGCUUUUCUCGGGAGUGCCUGCUGCCACUGCAGCUGCUACACCGGUGGCAGAUACACCUGCACCACUUUCUUCGGUGCCAGCGGCAAGCAGAGAUCCGAGGCGGGCCAGGGCUGACAGCCAGCUUUCCAAACCAUCAACGGAAGUGUCGCACUUGUCACGAGACCCAAGACUCAGAGACAAGCCGCCAGCUGUCCUCAAAGCUGCAGAAGUGGCCUUUGUGGAGUCCAAGGACGGAGAUGUGCCUUACCGACUCACAUCAAUCCUCAGGGCGCUUCCAAAGUAUGACGAUGUUGCGCGCAGCGGUACCAUCCCAGAGUCUAAGCUCAAGAAUGAUCCACGUCUUGCCAAGUAUGCAAGCCAAAAGGUGCCGGAAGUUGUGCCUCCUGCAGAAGUCGUGCAGUCAGUCACCCUUCCCCUGCCUGCUGCGCCUGUGUUGCCCCUGCCAUCUGCGACUGUGUUGCCCCUGCCUGCUGCGACUGUGUUGCCAAAGCUGCCCACUGUCAGCAGGCGUGAUCCAAGAAUGGCCCGUCAUCUUGAACAGCAGCAGCCACCACAGCAACCACAUAUAGUGGAAAACAAGCCACUUAUUUCAGAACCACCAAAGGUCACACCUCUGCCUGCUGAAGUCGUUCCAAAAGCUGAUCCCAGGAAAGCUGCUGCACUAGCUGCCAACGGUAGUGCCAUGCCACUACGAUUGGACCCACGCCUUGCAAGACGGCUCGAUCAACUGCAAAAGGUGGUCACCCCGAGCACGAGUGAGACACCUGCCUCAAAGCCCAAGGACGAAAGCGCAGUGAAUGUUGACGGAGAGCAACAGCAGGAAACCAAGCUGGCCGUCAAGCGCGAUCCCAGGCAUAGGACCAGGGGUGCUGGAAGACCCAAGGCAAGUGCUGAUGGGGCAGGUCGCAAGAACCGGAUGGACUAUGCAUCGCCUUUGAGUACGUACGAAAGUGAGGGGGACAGGCCUAGUGGCUACAGCAGCUACCAGCGGCGACCACAGCCACGGCCGCCCGUUCUCCCCACUGACGUGCCAGCACCCGUCAUGCCGCCGCCCCCAUCAGUCAUGCCACCAGCCCCAGCUAUGCACGACCUGAUGCCAAAUAUGCCACCUUCAGGUGCCAUCUCAGAUGACCUCUUGUUUGAGGCUGACCAGGCCAUGAAGUCACUCAAAGAUGUCUUCAAGACGAAAGAUCCAACGGCUUCACCGUUUUGCUGAUGAAAGCAGCUGCUUUUGUAAAUAACAUGACCAGGAAAUUGUUUCAGGCACAAGUUGCUCACUGUUUGGGAUGUGGCUUCUGCUGGGACCCCAUGUGCAAUGUGUGCCAGCGAGUAUUGCCCAUACUGUACAUAGCCUCAACACGGAACACAAAUGGGCUGUUGUCAUGGUGCCAAAUGGCGCUGAAGAAAGUGCAUGCAUCGCUACAGACCUGUGGGUAGUGCUGCCAAGCACAACCAAAGCAAUAGCUCGCCAUCCGUGAACACUCGUCAGUGGAAGCAUGCAGGAACAUGAGGUGUGCCGUGUAUAUACAACUACUGCUGUGUCUCAAAAAGGCCGACUGCUUACAGUCUGCACUACUCAUGAUGGAGUGCAGAACUGCCAGUGCCUUUGUGGCUUCCUUGCAUGUUUUAUUUGCCUGUAUGUAAUUUCCCACUCUCUUGCCCGGUUCAAUGGUCUUUGCAGAAAGGUCAACAUGUUCAGUGAGGCAUAAAGGUUUUUCAUGUGGGCAUCAGUGAAGAUGUACAUUUUACCUCACUAUCAGUCCAAAGUUAAAAAGAUGUACUGGGAGAACAACAGAUGUGUUCCAGCACAAGGGAUGCGCAUUUCUCUGUUCUUAAUGGACUGGUGGGACAAAAUAAAGAACUUUACCAUACU